AUGAUCAAGGCUGGCUUACUAGCUGUCCUCCAGUUGCUGCUGUUGGCGCCGGGCCGCCCCGCUUCAGCAGCCUCUCCCCCGACCGUGGACUUGGGCUAUGCUCAAUAUCAGGGCGCUGUAGAUAGUACUACCAACAUUACAAGCUUCCUCGGCAUCCGUUAUGCCUCACCUCCCGUCGGCAACUUGCGAUGGGUAGAGCCGCAGCCCCCACCGACGUUGUCCGGUGUACAGCAGGCCACUGAACAGCCGAACGAAUGCUAUCAAGGUGCGAUGGGCAACUCUUCGACUGAUCCUGUCACAGGCUCCCUGGGCAAACGCGCAGUAAGCCAAUCGGAGGACUGCUUAUUUCUCAACGUGUACGUCCCGGGCAAUACAAUUACUACUGCGACAUCUGGCGGUCUUCCUGUUCUCGUUUGGAUCCAUGGAGGAGGAUAUACUCUUGGUUCCGCGAGCGCGUUCAAUGGCGCGGACUUGAUUAUGCAUUCCGAUCACGAUCUUAUUGUGGUGAUCAUCCAGUAUCGACUUGGCCUGUUUGGCUUCUUGGCUGGUGAGGCUGUCAAAGCAGGCGGUGCUUUAAAUGCUGGGCUACGUGCGUUUUUCUGCAUUAACUAA